GCCGGGCUGGGAGCCGCGAGGAGAGCGGGCAGCGCCGCCGGAGCCCGCCGCCCGGGCCAUGGCCAAGGCGGGCCGUGCAGGUGGCCCUCCCCCGGGCGGUGGUGCCCCCUGGCACCUUCGAAAUGUCCUCAGCGACUCAGUGGAGAGCUCUGAUGAUGAAUUCUUUGAUGCUAGAGAGGAAGUGGCUGAAGGGAAGAAUGCCAUCCUCAUUGGGAUGAGCCAGUGGAAUUCAAAUGACCUGGUGGAGCAGAUCGAGACCAUGGGGAAACUGGAGGAGCAUCAAGGAGACGGGAACGUGCCGUGCACAUCCAGCAUCCUCCAGGAGAAGCAACGAGAACUGUACCGGGUUUCCUUGAGAAGACAGAGGUUCCCAGCCCAGGGAAGCAUCGAGAUCCACGAAGACAAUGAGGAAGGCUGCCCGCAGCGCUCCUGCAAGACGCACGUCCUCCUGCUGGUGCUGCAUGGGGGGAACAUCCUGGACACGGGCUCGGGGGACCCGUCCUGCAAGGUGGCCGACAUCCACACCUUCAGCUCCGUGCUGGAGAAGGUCACGCGCGCCCACUUCCCCGCAGCCCUGGGCCACAUCCUCAUCAAGUUCGUCCCCUGUCCCGCCAUCUGCUCUGAGGCUUUCUCACUCGUCUCCAACCUGAAUCCCUACAGCCACGAUGAGGGCUGUCUCAGCAACAGCCAGGACCACGUCCCUCUGGCCGCCCUGCCCCUGUUGGCCAUCUCCUCCCCGCAGUACCAGGAUGCAGUUGCCACCGUCAUCGAGCGAGCCAACCAGGUGUACACGGAGUUCCUCAAAUCCCCCGAUGGGAUUGGCUUCAGUGGGCAGGUGUGUCUCAUCGGGGACUGUGUGGGGGGCCUCCUGGCCUUCGAUGCCAUCUGCUACAGCGCAGGGCCCUCAGGUGACAGCCCUGGCAGCAGCAGCCGGAAGGGGAGCGUCAGCAGCACCCAGGACACCCCGGCGGUGGUGGAGGAGGAGUGCAGCCUGGCCAGCAGCAAGCGGCUCAGCAAGAGCAGCAUUGAUGUCCCCAGCGCGCUGGAGGAUGAAGAACCCAAGCGGCCAUUGCCACGGAAACAGAGCGACUCCUCCACCUAUGACCGCGAGGCCGUCGCCCAGCAUCACGCCUUCCUAUCAAGCAUCCACUCGAGCGUGCUGAAGGAUGAGGCUGAGCCCCCUGCGGCCGGGGGGCCCCAGCUCCCCGAGGUCAGCCUGGGCCGCUUGGAUUUUGAGGUGUCCGACUUCUUCCUCUUUGGCUCGCCCCUGGGCCUGGUCCUGGCCAUGCGGAGGACGGUGCUGCCCGGACUGGAUGGUUUCCAGGUACGUCCUGCCUGCAGUCAGGUCUACAGCUUUUUCCACUGCGCAGACCCCUCUGCCUCCCGGCUUGAACCACUGCUGGAGCCCAAGUUCCACCUGGUGUCGCCCGUCAGCGUGCCCCGCUACCAGAGGUUCCCGCUGGGUGACGGACAGUCCCUCCUCCUUGCUGACGCCCUGCACGCCCACAGCUCCCUCUUCCUGGAGGGCAGCUCCCGGGGCAGCCCGCCGCUUCUGGAGGCGCCUGCCUCACCCCCUCGGGCCCCGAGGUCCCAGCGCCCGGGGCGGAGGAUAAGCCAGGGCAGCUCCCACAGUGAGAGCUCGGAGUCCUCGGACAGCCUGGCCCCCGUGGGCACCUCCCGCACCGCAGUCACAGCCAAGUGGUGGGGCAGCAAGCGCAUCGACUACGCCCUGUACUGCCCCGAUGUCCUCACCGCCUUCCCCGCCGUGGCCCUGCCGCACCUCUUCCACGCCAGCUACUGGGAGUCCACGGACGUGGUGGCCUUCAUCCUCAGACAGGUGAUGCGCUACGAGAGCGUGAACGUCAAGGAGAGCGCUGGCUUGGACCCCGCAGCACUGAGCCCCACCAACCCCCGCGAGAAGUGGCUUCGUAAGAGGACCCAGGUCAAGCUGCGGAAUGUCACCGCCAACCACCGGGCCAACGACGUGAUUGCCGCCGAAGACGGCCCCCAGGUCCUGGUGGGGCGGUUCAUGUACGGGCCCCUCGACAUGGUGGCCCUGACCGGGGAGAAGGUGGACAUCCUGGUGAUGGCAGAGCCUUCCUCCGGCCGCUGGGUGCACUUGGACACGGAGAUCACCAACAGCAGCGGCCGAAUCACGUACAGCGUGCCGCGGCCCCGGCGCCUGGGGGUCGGCGUCUACCCCGUGAAGAUGGUCGUCAGGGGCGACCAGACCUGCGCGAUGAGCUACCUCACGGUGCUGCCCCGGGGCAUGGAGUGCGUGGUCUUCAGCAUCGACGGCUCCUUUGCGGCCAGCGUGUCCAUCAUGGGGAGCGACCCCAAGGUCCGGCCGGGGGCAGUGGACGUUGUCCGGCACUGGCAGGACCUGGGCUACAUGAUCCUCUACAUCACGGGGCGGCCGGACAUGCAGAAGCAGCGGGUGGUGUCGUGGCUGUCCCAGCACAACUUCCCACAGGGCAUGAUCUUCUUCUCGGACGGGCUGGUGCACGACCCGCUGCGGCAGAAGGCCAUCUUCCUGCGCAACCUCAUGCAGGAGUGCUUCAUCAAAAUCAGCGCGGCCUAUGGCUCCACGAAGGACAUCUCCGUCUACAGCGUGCUAGGCCUGCCACCCUCCCAGAUCUUCAUUGUGGGCCGGCCCACCAAGAAGUAUCAAACCCAGUGCCAGUUCCUGAGCGAGGGCUACGCCGCGCACUUGGCCGCGCUGGAGGCCGGCCACCGCUCGCGCCCCAAGAAGAACAGCUCGCGGAUGAUCCUGCGCAAGGGCAGCUUCGGCCUCCACGCGCAGCCCGAGUUCCUGCGGAAGCGCAACCACCUGCGCCGGACCAUGUCGGUGCAGCAGCCCGACCCGCCCGCCAACCCCAAGCCCGAGCGGGCCCAGAGCCAGCCCGAGUCCGACAAGGACCACGAGCGGCCCCUGUCCGCGCUCAGCUGGGCGCGCGGGCCCCCCAAGUUCGAGUCGGUGCCCUGAGGGCCAGGCUGUGCGCAGAGCAGGGGGGCCCCGGCGGGCUGCCUUCUCCCCGGCAGACACAGGCCUUUUCCUGCUUUUUCCCUCCCGUGUCUGUCCAGCAGUGUCCGACCAGCGAGGGGGGCAGGACCCUGCCUGGCCUUGGGGGGCUCCCUGGGCUGCGAAGGGGUGAGAUCCAGGGGGUCUCAGUGCAGUCACUGCGGCUCCCCCACGCCUGCAACGCAAGCCCCAGCGAGGGUGGAUGUUUGUGUAAUCCCGGGGGCAGGCCUGCCCGGAGCCGGAGUGUUUGACAAAGUCGACCAUCUUUCUGAGUUCCUGAGGCUUCCGCGGCGAUGCUAGGCAGGCCCUAACGGGAGGAGCCCCCAGGCCAGGGACCAACAGCCGCUGGCAGGUACAGCUUCUUGGCUGCCUGCUGGAGGGUCGCGUGGCAUUUGUGCCCGCCCUCCGUGUGACGUCCCGGGUCACCAUCUUGGGCCUGGCUCUCCCGUGGCAAAGUGGCCACGUUCUGGGAGUGGGAGGAUGUCCCCUGGGCUCAUCCCAUGUUUGAGUCGUUUGCCCACGGCCCUUGGGGGGCGGGGUCUGGUGCUGACGGUCUGUCCUCCUGCAGCUGUCCCCUCUUUCUUGUCCUCCGUAUUCUCACCUUUCCUCCCGUGGCCCUUGAGGACAGUUAUGCCUCUUCCCGGAGUCCUGCCUGGUGCCCUCCCCUGUGAGGCUGUGGCCCUGGGUUCUGGCCUAGCUGGGCAGGCUGUGAGCCCUUGAGCCUGUUGCUUGCCCUCUCUGGGCCCUGCCUUCCUUCUGUAAUUGGAGGGGUCUCCCCAGCUGAGAUUGGUGGGAGAUUUUGACUCCUGGCUGUCCUGCACUUCUGCCUUCUGAGGCUUUUCAGGCCUAAGAGCCCCUCAGAGUGCCCAAUGAUCUAUACCUUCCUUGCAGACUAAGAGAGGGGCUGGGGCAGGGAGGGGGAGCGGGAGGGAGCCGCCGUUGCCCCGCCACUUCAAAGGAAGCCCUUCUGUGGGGUUGCUGGGAAGGGGUCCCUGCUCCAUAGAGAGGUUUGCUUUGCACUGAUGUCCAAACCUGGUGUCCCAGGGACAGAGACAUUCCCCAAAGGGCACUGGUCGGGCUCCCCCUCCCCAGCUCUGCUCAGAGCAAUUUCUCCCUUUGACUCCUGGAAGGCAUAACAGCUGAGGUCCCAGAGCUCCGGGGGUUCAUGUAAUUUUGGCUCAAACUGUUGUGUUCUCUUCCCUUCCCCCUGCCACUCAGCUUGGUUUGGUGCCCAUAACCUCCUCUUGGGUCAUCCCCUGAGGUUGGCAGGGCUUGGCUCUCCUGGGGCCCCUCAAAUUCUGCCCAGGCCUUCCUCCUGCUGAGCCCCUGGCCCAGGCGUUGGUCUCCUGCACUUCCCCCGCUCCCUGGCCCAGACCCACACCUGCUGUGUUGGGCUAUCCGGGCUGCCUCUGAGCCCUUCGGGCUGUCACUGAGGCUGAUCCAGCUCUUGCAGCCGAGGUUCUGUGUCACGGGCCGGGCUGCCCAGGCCCAGACGUCUGUAUACCCAGCAGGCACCUGUGUCAGCUCAGUGUCGCUUCUGCUGUCUACCUCUUGCAGGUCCCAUGUGGCCAGUGUCCUCCCCAGUGGCGGCUGCUGGUGGGGGCAGCUGGCACCGCUGUUGUGAAUCACCCGGUAAACUUGAUGCGCCGCUGGGGCUGGACGGCUCCGGGCUCCCAGCCCCGACCCCUGCUCUCCACUGGAACUGUGUCUUCUCCAGCCUGCCAGCUCCUGCUCCACUUCCAGCGCCGCAUCUGCGCCCAGAGCUGCUGGCAAGUCUGCUGGGGAGGGGUGAUCACCCCCAGCUUCCUCCCUGGUCCUGCCUCCUGGGGGUUCGCAGCGGGCCCAUCCCUCCUUUAACAUUUCAUCCUUCUUGGCUCUCCGUCGAGCACCAGCUCAUAUGGCAUAGCCACCUCAACUCCAAUCCUUCCCCUCCUUUCCAAAACAGACGCUGAAUUAAACUCGGGCGGAGUUGGUCUGCUUCUCUGAAAUUCCAUCUCCUUUUUGCAGAAGCCACUGAUGUGUUGCUCUCAAGUGAUGAAAUAAUUAGCGUGAGAUACUUCUCCCCCAGCUAGAGUCCCUCUGCCCUUUUUUCUGAGAACCCCAGGCUGGGAGCAGGAGAGGGCAGCGACCCUGAGGAAUUUGGAGUCCGCGGGAGCAGGGUUCUGUGCGUGUGGGGAUCGGAGCCGGGACAUGGGCCCCAGCAGGAGGGUCCGCACCCCUUCCCUCCUGGAGCUCCGGUUUGGGGCUCUGACGACUUGCACCUCAGAUGCUGAAGGUGUACAGUGAGAUGUGGUGAACACAGCGUUCUGGGAGCGUCGGUCGGUGUGUGUGAACGUGUGUACUUGGAGCUCUGUAUAGUGAUCAGACUCGACUUGUUUCAGUACUGCCUUCACGGCAACUCUGUAACCAACGUGCACUUUCUCUGCUAGUGGUUUGUUUGAUUUUGUCCUUCCAGUUAAGUUGGAGGAAAACAAAGAACCACCUUGUGUCGUUCUCAGGAGGGGGUGCCACUGCCUCUCCUGGAGCAGUUCUGUGACCCCCAGUCUGGCUGUUUUCUAGAGAAUCCGUCCAGCUCCCGGUGUGCCUGCUCCCCAGGAGCUGGAAGACAGAUCUUCCCGCCUGACCAAAGCUCCUUGUUCCCUGCGUGGCAUGUUUGUUCUUCCUAGUUUGGGGUGGGGGGCGGCUGUCCCGACAGAGGGCCUGCCCGCAGCCUCCCCUGCCUUCGCCCUGUUGGGGGUUCAGGGUGCAUCUGUAGCCAGGGCCUGCUCUUCCGGCCUCAUGGCAUUUUUCUAAAGAUCUCAACUCCUCUCUUAGGCUCCGCAACAGAUACAUUAAAAAAAAAAAAAAAGAAAAAAGUAAGACUCAUGCAUUUGGAAAAAUGGCCCUCCAGUCUGGGUGCUGGGCCACAGAAAACCAACAUAUUUGAACCCCAGGAUUCCAGACAUUACUGGGGUGGGGUGGGCUCCCUGAAAGGGAGGAGGCUGGAUCUCAUGGGUUUUAAACUGUACUUUGACGGCUUUGGAGCCCAGACCCACGCCCCGGAAGUGCCCUGCCAACAAAACGUGGCGCCGAUUGUUAAAUGAAAGGCGGACCCCGAGGCAGGUGGAAAUGGGUCCCGAGGUGGCGCCGGUUUUGUGGGGGACACUCGCCCACCCAGCCCAGGUGCAGCCCUGCACGGGAGGAGAACCCUGCCUGCGGAGCCUCAGCUUGACCCCGCCUUAAAUAACCAACUUUCCUGCCGAAUCCCUGGGGGUUUGGGUGCCCAGUGCUCUGGAAACCUAUUCUCUUUGGCUCAGCCAAAAGAAACCUCCCCUCCCACCCCACCCCCCUGAGUAGGGUUAAGUCCAAGCAGCGAGGCCUGGCCUGGGUCCUUGUCUCCUUGCUGAGAAAUCAACAGGGUGGAUGGGAAAAAAAAAUCAGGAAUUUGACCGCCACCCUCACUGGCACAAGGAGAGGCAGGUGACACCAAGGAGGGGUGGGACGGUAGGGUGGCUCGCUCACAGGGACUCCCACCCUCGGACCCCGCUGUCCUUUUCUGUUUGUUUACUCGGCGGUGGCAGCCGGUCUGAUCUUGUCCGUCUGACUGUUCCUAAGUAUGUAACUCUCAGUAUUAUUUGUGGUGGACGGUUCUGUGGUGAAAAAGGUUUAUUCUAUUUCUCAUGGCUGCCUUGUACAAAAUCCGUUAGAAAAGAAAAUGUAAAAUAUCAGAUUUCUAACAAGAAAAAAACAGCUUACGGAGUUAAAAGAUUUUUACAACUGGUCUUGA